UAUGAGUCCCCCUGUAUACCACUUGUGUGCCUCUCUUCUUCUCCCCUUAAUUUCUUAUCCCAAUUGCUGAGCACACCAACAGCCUAGCUAGAAGAGACAUGGCAAUGGCAAUGGCCGCCCUUCUGCUCCUCGUCUUCCUUGCCGUUCCCGCGGUACACUCCGUGCAAACCAACGUUCCGUGGAACGAGGGGAUCGAUUACACGACUUGGGCGGCUGGUAAAACAUUCACCGUCGGUGACACACUAGUGUUCGUGUACACUACUAACCAUGCGGUAGACAUAGUAGAUGAAAGUCACUACACCAGCUGCAAUUCCGGAAAUGCCCUCCAUUCCUACUCCGGCGGACAAACUACCAUUACCCUCACCACCCCCGGCCCAAUGUACUUCCUAUGCCCCACUAUUGGCCACUGCCAGGCUGGCAUGAAGCUUAGCAUAACCGUCGCAGCGGCGGCCUCCUCCUCCUCUGGUUCAUCGUCGACGACCAGCACAACUCCGGCCAUCACCACCACCACUAGCUCACCGACAACGUCCGGGGUUGGGGGCAUGUUUGGAAAUAUGAAUAACUGGGUUGUAAUUGGGUUUUCAGUUGUUGUGGCAGGUUUCGUUGGGUUCAUGGGCUAGAGAAGAGGCAGUGCUAUGUUGUUAAUUGUUUUUUUUUUCCCUUUUUCGGUUUAAAUUUAAUUUGUGUGAAUUAUGGGAUUAAGCAUGAGAUUGAAUGUAACCAAUUGGGGCUUUGCACCAAAAAAUUAGGACGAACUCAAUUGGUCAGAACUUGUGUGUCGGUGUUCUUCCCUUAUAUAAGCUUUUCUUUUCUUUCUUUGUUUCUACUAUAUAACAGGUUUAUUUCUUAUAUUGGUUGGUUGGAGAAAAUUUCUGUUAUAUCCCUUCGAUUU